AUGUCUUCUCAGUCUGAAAAGGAUCUCUCCUGUCCCGUCUGCCACGACAUCUAUAGCGAUCCUGUCAUCCUGUCAUGCAGCCACAGCUUCUGUCGAUUCUGUCUGCAGACGUGGUGGAGCAAGAAUCUAGAACACAACUGCCCACUGUGUAAGAAGAUAAACCUGUCAAAUGAUCCGCCCCGUAACUUGGCGUUAAAGAACCUGUGUGAGGCUUUCUUACUGCAGAGAGAUAAAAAACCUUCUGCAGGGUCUGAGCCUCUCUGCAGUCUGCACCAUGAGAAACUCAGACUUUUCUGUUUGGAUCAUCAGCAGCUGGUGUGUGUCGUCUGUCGAGAUUCAAAAGCACACAAAUACCACAGAUUCAACCCAACUGAAGAAGCCGCCCAGGAUCACAGAGAGGAGCUUCAGAAACACCUGAAGCCCUUACAAGAUAAACUGAAGGUGUUUGAACAAGUCAAAGGAAACUUUGAUCAAACAGCAGAACAUAUAAAGGUCCAGGCACAGCAGACGGAGAAGCAGAUAAAGGAGGAGUUUAAAAAGCUUCAGCAGUUUCUACAAAAUGAAGAGAAGGCCAGGCUGGCUGCUCUGAGGCAGGAAGAAAAGCAGAAGUUAAGAAAAAUGGAGGAGAAGAUUGAGUCUCUGAGUAGAGGGAUAAAAACUCUUUCAGAAAUAAUCAGAGCCACAGAGGAGCAACUGAGAGCUGAAGACGUCUCAUUCCUCCACAACUACAAACUUUCAGUGAUCAGAGUCAAGCAGCGCCCCCUGUUGGAUGCUCCACAGCUGGUCUCAGGAGCUCUGAUGGAUGUGGCCAAACACCUGGGCAACCUGACCUACAACAUCUGGAAUAACAUGAAGGAGAUGGUCUCCUACACUCCUGUGAUUCUGGAUCCAAACACAGCUCAUCCACAACUCAUCCUAUCUGACGAUCUGACCAGUGUAAGUCUUGGAGGGAGACAGAAGGUUCCUGAUAAUCCAGAGAGGUUUGACUAUGAUAAAGUUGUUCUGGGCUCUGAGGGCUUCGACUCAGGGACUCACAUUUGGGAUGUUGAGGUUGGAGAAGAGGGAUUUUGGGCCUUUGGUGUUGUAAAUGAGUCUUUUGAGAGAAAGGUACAAGCACUGUCAGGUUUCUGGCAAUUAAGUUUCCAGGAUGAAAAGUACAUAGUAGCAACAACACCAGAUACAUAUAAAUACUUGUCUGUAAAGAAGCUGCAGAGGGUCAGAGUUCAGCUGGAGUGUGACAGAGGGAAGCUCUCAUUGUUUGAUCUGGAUGCCAACACACUCAUACACACCUUCAAACACAAUUUCACUGAGAAGCUGUUUCCUUAUGUUGAGACUAAGAAGAAACCACUGAAGAUAUUACCAGUGAUCUUGAAAGUGGACGAGCAUAUAACUCCUCUAUCAACAGGUUUUUGA